AUGCAUCCGAUUCCGCCAUACUCCGUCAGGGCCCUGGUAGGUGUUUGCCGUACCCGAGAAUCCAGUCUUGGCUGUCUGCGCGCCUCGGUCCCCUUAUCCGUCCCAUAA